GAAAAUAAUAAAACAUAAACCUCGAAAAUCCCAAAUUCGUUAUCGGCCAUUAUGACUCUCCUACUCUUCUGCCAGAGUUCUUCAAGAAACUCCAGACACAAACCCUAAAAUCCCAAAUUCGUUUUCUCUAGACAAAAAUCAAUCGAUUCUCAGUUUUUUCGUUGCCCUCUCUCUCCCUGAUUCUCUCCCGAAUUCCUUCCUAGAUUUUCCUAAUUGAUUGAAUUUCUCAACUUCGUCUAUGCUUAGUUCGUAACCUCGGGGAUUUGUUCGAAAAAAGCCCGAUUUAUGCUGAGAUUUGUUUGAGAGAAGAUCAAUUUCCGCAGAUAUUUGUUCGAGAGAAGGCCGAUUUCUGCUUACUGGUAUCAUCUACUUCUUUUGAUUUUUCCAUGAAUGUGGCAAGUGUUCUACACUUCUACUUUCAUUGUUUUAUCUUGUAUGGUUAAUGUUGUAAUUGAUGAAAUUAUAAUAUGGUUAAUGUUGUAAUUGAUAUCAUGAAGAUUGCGUUUUAUUGAUUUGGUUGUUGACUUGUCGGAAUAAUGUUCAAUUUGAUUAGUUAUUGAAUUUGUUCUCGUUGGAUUUUAACAGAAUUGUUUAUUUGUUUGGUUGUAUUGUUCAUCAAAACAAAAUUUAAACUAAUUGUUUAUUUGUUUGGUUGUACACAAUCUGAAUUGUUUAUUUGAUCCCAAUAUUGAGGCUGAAGGUGCAUCAAAACUCUCGUUAAAAACCUAUUUGUCAGACUAAUCCCAGUGUUGCAAUGACUACAAACAAUACCGCUCCCUUUUUUGUUAGGGAAACUAAUUAAGGGAUAAUGUUACUGACUUAGUAAAUCAUAAUAUAACCAAGACCUUUCUAUAUAAAAUUCACAAAUUUAAAUGUUGAAAAUCCCUUUUCUAGUGGAUCUAAUCCUGCCCCAAUUUUCCAAUAGAUAUGCUUUGUUUGGUUAUCAGCAAUUUGCCAGACGAAUAAGUGGAUUCAGACAAACUAGCUUUUUGCAGGAGUAAAGCCAAAGUGCUUAUUGAAUUGGAGUCUAAGUCUGUAACUAGUUUAUGGAUCAGCUUGUGCGUAUUAUCACAUUAAGCCUAUGCUUGCAGGAACAUCUGACUUAGCUAUAUGGUUGUUUUACCCUUUUAAUGGACCGUCUAGAGCUAAAGUUGGGGUUUUUAACUAUACCUUUAGGUGAAAUAGGGGAACAUGUAGGGGAUUGGGAACAUGUAACCUUAAGGAUUAGUAACUUUAAUGGUUUGUUAAGGAAGGUGUUUUUUUCACAACAUGCUGGGGGUGAAUGGGUGUACCCUACGGACCUUGAAUUUGGUGAAGGUAAUAAGGUUGUAGGGUAUGCUUCUUUGCACGGUCAUGCUACUUACCGUAAACCAGGGGAGGUGUUACAAGGGUCUACUUAUGUUGGAAUAAAGAACGAUACAGAGAAGAGUAACUAUGUCUGGGAUACUGGUAAUGGUUACAAGAUCAUCUCUGCGGAUUAUCUAGGCACUGUUACCUUGAAAGCUUGAAAGGAUUUGAAGGAGAUGAAUGUGCAUCAUAAUUUAAUUCCUAUUAAGAUAGGUGAUAAAUAUGCCAUCCCUAGAGCACCAUAUCAGUUGACAUCUAUAGAGAGGCGUAAAGUAUUGGAGUUCUUGUCCAAGGUUAAAGUGCCAGAUGGUUACUCUUCUAACAUAGCUCGAUGUGCAAGUAUGGAAGAUGGAAAAAUCUCAAACAUGAAAAGUCAUGAUUUUCAUGUGUUCUUGCAAGAUUUGCUUAAACCGGCAUUUCAAGGUAUCUUACCUAAGGAGGUGCUAGAACCUUUGGUUGAGCUUAGCUUAUUUUUUAAGCAAUUGUGUUCUAAAACUCUAAAAAUUGAUGUGUUGGAGAAGAUGGAAAAGAGUAUUGCAAUUACUCUUUGCAAGCUUGAAAAGGUAUUUGUUCCGGCUUUCUUUGAUAUUAUGGUCCACCUUCCAAUCCACUUGGCCAAUGAGGCCAAGAUAGCUAGCCCAGUGCAGUAUCGUUGGCAAUAUCGGUUUGAAAGGGAAAUGCACACAAUGAAAUCUACUGUGAGUAACAAAGCACAACCAGAAGGCUCGAUAGCUAAUGCACGCAUAAUGGAAGAAUGUCUUUCCUUUAUAUCUAGAUAUCUAAAUGGGAUUGAGACCAAGUUCAAUCGCAUGAGUAGAAAUGACAUGGAUAGGCAAGAAUCUCUGUUGUUUAAGUUAUCAGCUUUCCAAAAGAAGGGGAAUCCACUAGGCAAAAGAACAUUUAAGCAAUUGAGCUUUUUGGAUUGGAAGCAAGCUCAAUUGUAUGUUCUGAUGAAUUGUCAAGAAGUACAACCAUUUAUAGGAGAGUACACCACUAUACAUGGGCCAAAACCAAGUCUAGUUGAUUGGUUUCGAUCUCAGAUUUGGAAGCUUUACACGGAGGGGGAUCCAAGAGUAACAAUUGGUUACUAUCAUUGUCACGAGGCCCGAGUAAGAGUGUGAAAAGCUAUCAAGGAUACUAUGUAAAUGGGUAUCGCUUUCACACUAAGAAGCGUCAAAGAAGGCGAAAGACGCAAAAUAGUGGAGUAAUUGUUAAAGGAGAUGCAGAGAGUGGAGAAAAGGACUUCUUCGGGGUUUUGAAAGAAGUCAUAGAACUUGAAUAUGAUGCAUCAAAUAGUGGGGAUACAGAACCUAUUGUGGUGUUAUUUCGAUGUGUUUGGUUUGAUGUUUAUCGGCGAGGGAUAAAAAGAGAUAAGUUUGGCGGCGUAAGUCUCAAUUUCAAAAAGUUCUUAGGGACCAAUGAGCCAUUUGCUAUGGCAUCUCAAGUAGGAUGGCUCUGAUGAUGAUCAUGACGACGUUGGAUUGGACUUUGAAGUACCAAAUUCAGUGGAAGGUGAUGGAGAUGAUGGAGAUGAUGAUGAUGAUGAUGAUGAUGUUCUCUUACCAAGAAAUGAUGUUCCUCCAGAGUUGGUAAUGCAAGUGAUUUUAAGUUGGAAAAUGAGGUUGUGAAUGAAGAGGAAGAAGAAGAAGAUAGUGAGCAAGAUGAGAAAAGUCUUGUUCCGUUGUUUUCAGAAGUUGAUUUGAUGGCUUCUAGCUCAAGAAAUUUGCCCGAAGGAGAAAAAACAAUCAAUCUAGACACUCAAUCAUCAUUAUCGCAACUAGACUCUACCACUCAACAACCUAAGAAAAAAAGACAAGGUCCUUUUCGAGGUCCAAGUAGAGCACUUAAAUAUAAAAAACUGAGAAGUACCGAACCAGGAAAGGUUAAGGUUCAUAUUCCAUCCUCAUUGGGAGCUGCUGUGGGUAAGAAUGCAAACCAAUUUGUGGGUGAAUGUGCUGAUUGGGUGAAGGAAAUAUGCCCUCUUAAUGUUCAAAGCUGGAAUGAUAUGCCUGAAGACGCAAUAGAUCGGUUAUAUAGUAGGAUUCAUGCAAAGUUUGACUUCGGUGAAGGUGCACACAUUCCAAAAGCGAUACACAUUCAGUGCUCUAACCUUUAUAGGCAUUGGAGAGAAAGGUUGAAGGCUGACCAUUUUACAAAGUGCAAAAGUUUGAAAGAAGCAGAACGUGCUUGUCCAGCAACUAUAGACCUUACCCAAUGGAGGUGGCUUAUAUAUAAUUAUUGGGGCAAUCCUAAACAGAGGGAAAAGAGUGAAAAGAAUCGGGCGAAUGCUCUUUCAAAGAAGAUCAAGUCCGCAUGUGGUGCCAAAUCAACCGCUAGGAUAAUUUAUGAAUUGGAACUUGAGGCAGAAAAUGAGCAGGAGGUCAAUGAAGAUGAGCAGGAGGUCAAUGAAACUAAUGGUGAUCCUAUAUAUUUGAAGCUAUGGGAAAAGUCAAAGAGGCAUAAAAAUGGGAAGUUUGACGAUGAGGCCGAAAUCAAGUACAAGUCAUUUAAAGAGUUACAUGAAAAAGAAGUCAGAGAGAAAGGAGCUGACAAUCUUAUUUUGGAUAUUGCCUACAAAGAAGUGCUUGGAUAUCGUUCGGGUUAUGCACGUGGGUUAGGUAAAGGCCACCCUAUGUUAUCCAAGGAUGGGAAGAAAGGAAGAGCAGAGCUAGAAGCUAAUGUGGAGCAUCUGAAGAAUGAAAAUAGCAUGAUCAGAGCAGAAUUUGAGUCUCAUAAACUGGAGGCUAAGAAGAAAUAGCAAGAAUUAGAACAAAAGCUUCAGUUAAUCAUGGACAAGAUUGGCUUGACAUAAAUAAGGAAAUAUGUUUUUUUGGCCUUGACGAGUCUGCUGAUCGGUAUAUCUUUUGUUGCAUGAGAAGUUGGUUUUCCUGCUAGCUUCACAUACUUAGUUAUGCUUAGGAGCUUUAUGAAGUUUUAUGAACUAUUUUGUUAAGUUGUUGGCUUGCUGCAC